GACCGAGGCCCAGGGUCCCGCGCCCGGUGCACCUGCUGCCUUUCGGGGAAGCGCUCCAGCCUCACGCGGCGCACACUCCCACCAAAUCCGCUCUUUCCAGGCACCGCGCCCCCCACCCCCAAGUUACUUUUGCAUUCCCGGCUCCCCCGAGUCCUGGGGAACCAGAGGCGGUGCUGAGCCCGGGGGCGGUUCCUUGGCAGAGGAGAUUCUGGUCGGAGCCAGACUUUUGCUCCUGGGCUGGGUUUGCAUCAUCCCCAUCACACUCGGGAGGGCCAGAGGAGCCAGCCCCCUGCGGCCGGGGCUUCCGGCUCCAAGCGGACCCUCCCCCUCCGGGCCCCUUCCCCCUGCUGUCCCUCUCCAGGCCACGAGUCUCAGUCGUCCCCUCCCCUUCUCCACAACAUUCGCUGUCUGCCUCCCUCUUCUCCUCCGUUGGUCUGUGUCCCCUACUCUUGGAGGAGGGAUGGUUGAUUUGGAGAGCGAAGUCCCCCCUCUGCCUCCCAGGUACAGGUUUCGGGAUUUGCUGCUAGGGGACCAAGGAUGGCAGAAUGACGACAGGGUACAAGUUGAAUUCUUUAUGAAUGAAAACACAUUUAAAGAGAGACUAAAGUUAUUUUUUAUUAAAAACCAGAGAUCAAGUCUCAGAAUACGCCUGUUCAAUUUUUCUCUCAAAUUAUUAAGCUGCUUAUUAUACAUAAUCCGAGUGCUAUUAGAAAACCCUUCACAAGGAAAUGAAUGGUCUCGUAUCUUCUGGGUGAACAGGAGCCUGCCAUUAUGGGGCCUACAGGUUUUAGUGGCCUUGAUAAGUCUGUUUGAAACGAUACUACUUGGUUAUCUCAGUUAUAAGGGGAACAUCUGGGAACAGAUUUUACGGGUACCUUUCAUCUUGGAAAUAGUUAACGCAGUUCCUUUCGUUAUCUCGAUAUUUUGGCCUUCCUUAAGGAAUCUCUUUGUCCCAGUCUUUCUAAACUGCUGGCUUGCCAAACAUGCCUUGGAAAAUAUGAUUAAUGAUCUGCAUAGAGCCAUCCAGCGCACGGGGUCUGCAAUGUUUAAUCAAGUUUUGAUUUUAAUAUCUACAUUGCUAUGCCUUAUCUUCACCUGCAUUUGUGGAAUCCAGCAUCUGGAGCGAAUAGGCAAGAAGCUGAACCUCUUUGACUCCCUGUAUUUCUGCAUCGUGACCUUUUCUACGGUGGGCUUUGGGGACGUCACUCCGGAAACAUGGCCCUCCAAGCUCUUUGUGGUGGCUAUGAUCUGUGUCGCCCUAGUGGUCCUGCCCAUUCAGUUUGAACAGCUGGCCUAUCUGUGGAUGGAGAGGCAAAAAUCGGGUGGAAAUUACAGUCGACACAGAGCCCAAACGGAAAAGCACGUGGUUCUGUGUGUCAGCUCGCUGAAGAUUGACUUACUCAUGGACUUUUUAAAUGAGUUCUAUGCUCAUCCAAGACUGCAGGAUUAUUACGUGGUGAUUUUAUGUCCUACGGAAAUGGACGUGCAAGUUCGAAGGGUGCUGCAGAUCCCCAUGUGGUCACAGAGAGUCAUCUACCUGCAAGGCUCAGCCCUGAAAGACCAGGAUCUGCUGAGAGCAAAGAUGGACGACGCCGAGGCCUGUUUUAUCCUAAGCAGCCGCUGUGAGGUGGACCGGACAUCCUCCGACCACCAAACAAUUCUGAGAGCAUGGGCUGUCAAAGAUUUUGCUCCAAAUUGUCCUUUGUAUGUCCAGAUAUUAAAGCCUGAAAAUAAAUUUCAUAUCAAAUUUGCUGAUCAUGUGGUUUGUGAAGAAGAGUUUAAAUACGCCAUGUUAGCUUUAAACUGUAUAUGCCCAGCAACAUCUACACUUAUCACACUACUGGUUCACACCUCUAGAGGGCAGGAAGGCCAGCAGUCCCCGGAGCAGUGGCAGAAGACAUACGGCAGGUGCUCUGGCAACGAAGUGUACCACAUCACCUUGGAAGACAGUGCGUUUUUCGCGGAAUACGAAGGAAAGAGUUUUACAUAUGCCUCUUUCCACGCACACAAAAAGUUUGGUGUCUGCUUGAUUGGUGUUAGGAGGGAGGAUAAUAAAAACAUUUUACUGAAUCCAGGUCCUCGAUACAUUAUGAAUGCUACAGAUAUCUGUUUUUACAUUAAUAUAACCAAAGAAGAGAAUUCGGCAUUUAAGCACCAAGACCAGCAGAAAAGAAGCAAGGCCUCUCGGUCGUUCUACCACGGACCCUCCCGGCUCCCUGUCCACAGCAUCAUUGCCAGCAUGGGUACUGUGGCUAUAGACCUGCAGGACACGAGCUGCCGAUCGGCCAGUGGCCCUACCCUGGCCCUUCCUUCAGAAGGGAUCAAGGAGAUCAGAAGGCCCAGCAUUGCGCCGGUUCUGGAGGUGGCAGACACAUCAUCCAUCCAAACCUGUGAUCUUCUCAGCGACCAAUCAGAAGACGAAACGGCACCAGAUGAAAAAAUGCCCUCAAACUUAGAGUACGCUAAAGGCUACCCACCCUACUCCCCCUACAUAGGAAGUUCGCCCACGUUUUGCCAUCUCCUCCAUGAAAAAGUGCCAUUUUGCUGCUUACGACUAGACAAGAGUUGUCAGCAUAACUACUAUGAAGAUGCCAAGGCCUAUGGAUUCAAAAAUAAACUAAUUAUAGUUGCAGCUGAAACGGCUGGAAAUGGAUUGUAUAAUUUUAUUGUUCCUCUCAGGGCGUAUUAUAGACCAAAGAAAGAACUCAAUCCUAUCGUACUGUUACUGGAUAACCCCCUGGACGACUUGCUCAGGUGCGGAGUGACGUUCGCGGCGAACAUGGUGGUGGUGGACAAGGAGAGCACCAUGAGCGCGGAGGAGGACUACAUGGCCGAUGCCAAGACCAUCGUGAAUGUGCAGACCCUGUUCAGGUUGUUCUCCAGCCUCAGUAUCAUCACAGAGCUCACGCACCCGGCCAACAUGCGCUUCAUGCAGUUCCGAGCCAAAGACUGCUACUCCCUCGCCCUCUCAAAACUGGAAAAGAAAGAACGAGAGCGGGGCUCUAACUUGGCCUUCAUGUUCCGACUGCCUUUCGCCGCCGGGCGGGUGUUUAGCAUCAGCAUGCUGGACACACUCCUUUACCAGUCAUUUGUGAAAGAUUAUAUGAUUUCUAUCACCAGACUUCUGCUGGGAUUGGACACUAUCCCAGGAUCGGGGUUCCUUUGUUCUAUAAAAAUCACGGAGGACGACCUGUGGAUCAGAACGUACGCCCGGCUCUACCAGAAGCUGUGCUCUUCCAGUGGGGACGUGCCCAUCGGCAUCUACAGGACCGAGUCGCAGAAACUGGCUACAUCUGAGUCUCGAGAAAUAGCCUCACAAUCUCAAAUAUCAAUCAGUGUGGAGGAAUGGGAAGACACCAAAGACUGCAAGGAGCAAGGCCUUCCCCGAGGCAACCGCCGCAACUCCACCUGCAGCGACCAGGCGGACCACCCCUUGCUGAGGAGAAAGAGCAUGCAGUGGGCCCGAAGACUGAGCCGAAAAGGUCCAAAACACUCUGGUAAAACAGCUGAGAAAAUAACCCAGCAGCGACUGAACCUCUACAGGAGGUCAGAGAGACAAGAGCUUGCUGAACUUGUGAAAAGUAGAAUGAGACACUUGGGUCUUUCUACAGUGGGCUAUGAUGAAAUGAAUGAUCACCAGAGCACCCUGUCCUACAUACUGAUUAACCCGUCCCCGGACACCAGGCUAGAGCUGAACGACGUGGUGUACCUGAUCCGACCAGACCCGCUCUCCUACCUUCCCAACAGCGAGCCCAGCCGAGACAGCAGCCUCUGCCUGUGGGGAGGAAACUCAGGAGGAAACUCUCGGGAGGAGACUCAGCUUUGAUGCUGCGAGCUUCACGGACUUAUUUUUUUCCUAUGAGGAUCUUGCUUGAAAAAACUCUAUUUCUUAGGGGAAAAAAGUGUGGCUGGCAUGAAAUAAACUAGAUGGGAAUCUCUAGAUUCAAAUCUCUCAUAUUUUUAAAAAAAAAUCUAUUCUCUUAGAAGUAUAGAUUAUUUUGAAAUUUAACAUACUGCUUAUUGGUAUUCCUAUUAAUGUUUGAAAGACAUCAGUGGAAUGAACUUUGAAGCCUAAAUUAAAACACACAAUUUUCAAUUGGAUAGUUUAUCAUUUGACAAUAAUUCAAACUGUAUCAAGGCAGUUUUAAAAUAUCUUAAGGUUUUAUGAAAAUAAAGUAAAAAUUCAGCUAUAUUUGGUGUGUCAUAUUGGACAUAAAAGAUUGUUGCCCCUCUUAAAAAUUUAAUGUGUUAUAUUCUUUAAAUUUGCUCUUUUAUAAUACUAAGCCAUCAUAAAUGUCUCAUCUUCUCUACACAGAGGUUAAUGAACAAACAUGUUGACUCACAUUUUUGUAAGAGUCAGAAUUGGUUUUAGCAUAUAAAUCUUUAAGUCAUCUCAACCUGUUUUGGUUGCCUAUUCAUUUGACACCACAUUUAUUUUAGAAUUUGAGAUGCUCAUAGCAUGUUUUGUUCCACUGAAGAAACCAAAACAAAUAGCAAGAAAUAUCAAGAACCUGAACUUUUUGCUAAUUGAAUGUCUGACCCUCACUAUAUGCCAAGGAGAAUAUAAUAAAAAGCGAAUAUGGAAUGUUCUCUUCAAAGAAUGCCUAACAUAGGGAAAAUACUUAAAGCAUAUUUGUUGACUUAAGUUUAAUUCGAGAAUUGAACCAUUAACUGAAACAUGCAGUGAUUUUCACUGGACUGUUGAGUUUCAACAUUUCUCACCUAUCCACACAGAAUGUUUCAUUCGAGAGUUAACUGAAAAUUCAAAGAAACAAAAUUAUACUUCUGAUGGAAUACAAAGACAUUUGAAACGAUUACAAGUCCUCUUUUCUGCCUUUAGUAUUGAAGUAGUCAUAACAAAAAUGGUAUGUUAAAAUUUCCAUUUAAUGUUGAAAAAUUCUAGGAACUAUGUUUUUACAUUGUGAGAAAUAAGCAUAUAGUAAGCAUAGGGAGUUUUGCCACUGGAACUGAAUACAAAUCAUGCAGAAGUUGACAGUUAUAGAUUAAAUACCACUGACCUUUAGUGACACCAGCGUUUUUGUUUCUGGGUCUGUGUCCCCUGCAGAAAGAGACAGAGAAGCACAGGAGGGAGUUGCCAGUGAGUUGGCAAGUGUAAAGGAAGAAUGACAUCAGUAAAUUAAAAAAGCUAUUUUUUAAUAAUUAAAACGAGAAGUAAAGUUUUAUAAUUUACUUCUAACUUCUGCAUUUCCUUUAUUUCUGAGUUGGACACUGAGUUUGAGUUCAACAGAAAAUAAGGCACUUAAGACUAGAAAGAGACAUUUCUCUUUAUUUUUCAUAAAUAAGCACACAAAUUGGAUGGAAAAUAGAAGCCUUAAUAAGAAGAACAUAGAGGAAGAAACCCUGAUAGUCCCCACAUAAUUCUGUGGGAAUAAAUAUGUAGAACAUAAAAUGUGAAACUGUAGAUUAUAGCCAUUGUAUAUUUUGGCUUAGAGAUUGAAAUGCCGAUUUGUUGUGUAUGUGUGUAUGUGUGUGUUAUUUUUUUUGGUACUUUACCCUGUUCUCAUUUUGUAAUAACAGAACCCCCAAGAAUUUCCUCUACAACAGGGAGAGCCUGUCUGUAACUUUCUUUAAUCAGACAGGGAAGUCAAACUUAUAAGUUCCUGAAAACUGGAAGCAACCCUGAGAGCAAAGAUGAUAUGUGUAGGUGUGUUAUGUUACAAACACAAGGGAAAGAUAUUUGACAAAUACGCAUGUUGACAGGUAAAUCACUCAAACUCAUGGCAAAAUAAAAGUAAGGUAUGUAAUGGAGAACCAUAAUGAACGUUCUGAUCCUGGUUCAUAUUUACACAUCAAUAGUCAAAUAUGUUUCUUCAAGUUGCCCUUACUUCACUUCAUUACAGUUAUUUUUAGGAAUAAAUAUACGAUUUUUAUGAAUCUUCUGUUUCCUCAGAAGGUCUCAAGUUCAGUAUUUUUGCAUUACGACGGUUGGCAAGACUAGGGUUUCAAGAUAUGAUAUGACUAUAUUUCCUAUAAAACUAGAAGUUAUGUUUCAUAAAUUUGACAUAGUUAUUUUUGAUUAUGAACAGUAGUCCAAAUUGACUACUUGACACAAUGCAUAUAGCUUGCUAUAAUAAUGAUAGUUUAUUAGUCUUUCUGUUAUUUAAAGAAUAAAAAUAGGCUUAGAAAAGCCUUUUAACAAAUCGUUGCCUUUUUAAAAUACACUUGUACAUGAAAACAUAGAGACAAUAAAGCCCUUAAUAGUCCUUGUAAUCCUACGGGAAUUGGUUCUGUUUAUUGUCUGUGUAACAUUUUGCUUUUAUUACCAG